UUGAGAAGCGCUUCAAGGAAAGUGUGUCCGAAAAUACCAAGAGUUUCAUGAUGAAGGCUGCAGAUCAGGUUCUCCAGGCAAAAGGUAAACCUUUAAUGCAUCGGACACUUCUAAAGAAGGGAAGCAAGAGAACUUUCAAAGAGAAAGAAAUUCGGUAUGAUUGGUUGGUUGACAAAGUAGUGGCAGACAUUUCGAAACUAGUGUUUGAUGUUGAAAAAAGCUUGGAGUCUGCGUUACGUUAUGUUGAGAUUGUGCGUAAAAUGGCGUACGAGGUCGAGGGUUAUCUUCAACAGGCGGACGAAAACUUUCAUCUAGCAUCCAAAGCCCCUGACGUAUCACAGGAGUUGAGAAAGGCUCUCCUAAAACUAUCAAAUGUUUAUGCUGUUGGCACGAUGUAUGACGAGUUUGCCGUCUAUGUACGAAGCCAGGCACUCGAAAGCGGUGGAGAACCAAUGACUGAGGAUCGAUCGUAUUACAAUGCCAUUGAAAGGGAAAUCAGGUCCUUGAUAAAAGAACACAAUUAUGUACACUCGUACACUGUAAAGAUCGUCACAAAGGAGCUACAGUCUUUCGUUCUUGUCCAACACGAGCAUGGAAAAACAAUUCAUUCUCCAUGGCCUGACCAACAAGCCAGAUCAGAUUUAAGACAAGGAACGCUUGGUGGGUUUGCUGUGGACGAAGCCAACAAGCUGUAUGCCCUGAAGUGCGCUCAUGUUGUGAACAAUCCAAACAACCCAAACUCCGUUUUUGUUCACGAAUCCGGUGCAGAUUUGCUAAUCACACAAAAAUAG